AUGUCCGGUUCUUUUAGAGGAUAGUUCUAUAAGAAUUGACCUCUCCUAACAACAAAAAAGGCUAACUUGAAUGAUCUUGUAUUGAGAGUUAAAUUGGCCAAAGGAAUGGGUCAUAAUUAUUAUAGAGAACUUACAUGGCCCAAUGAUCUUUUAUAUAUUUUUCUAGUAGUAAUUCUAACUACUAUUAUUUGUAACGGGAGGGUUACAGUUCUAGAACUAUCAAUGAUUAGGGAACUUGCAGAUCCAUUUGCAACUCUUUUGGAAAUAUUGCUUGAAUGGUAUUUGUUUCUCAUAUUUCAUAUAUUUCAUAUAGUGCCCAAUAAGUUAUCGAGUGUUCUUUUAAUGGUUUUAGUUCUAGCCAAAUUAUUAAUAGUACCCUUUUUGAAGAAUGUUAAUAAAUUCCAUAACCCAUUUCAUUGUCUAGUAGUGACAACCAUCUUUUUGAUUGGCACCGCAAUGGCCCUUUAG